UCAAAACCACUCAGCACUUUCACAACGCAGUCAAAUGUGUUUGUCAUGCAUCUCUCGAUUACCCGUUGAAUAUCACAAUACAUACGUUUGCAUGUCUUGGAAUGUUGACCUCCCGUUUAUAUACUGGAAACAACUCAAAACUAUUCAGCGCUUUCUAACGCAGUUACAUGUAUUUGUCAUGGACAAAAGUAAGCCAGCUUGCUUCAACAUUCCAUGCAUCUGGAACAGGUGACAGCAAAUGUAUUGCCGUGCUGUGCUCAUUCGGCGGACUCCCGGGAAACCUCGCCGCCACGCCUCGGCACUCUGACGCUCAGCCACGCUUGAAUAAGAGAAAGCCUAAAGAGAUGGGGAAUGCACGGCUAGGAUUUUCAGGAGGUCUGCCUGGCAUGCUGAUGAACUUCUCAGCCGGUGUUAUUCUGGGUUUCAGUAUGACCGUUUGGCUUACCGUCCUGAUGGUGCCUGAUAGGCACUUAGGUCAACAGCAUGUCUCAGGCCACAUGGCUGGACAGGCCAAAGGUAAGGUGGUACAAUCAUAUUCCACUUAUCCAAUGAAGUACAAGGGUCACAUCUACGUUGGUAUCAUGACCGCAAAGAAGUAUCUGAAUUCUCGGGCACUCGCCACAUACGAAACAUGGGGAAAGCAAAUCUCCGGAAAAGUAGAAUUCUUUUCGGCCACGGACUCAAAGGCUUCUUUGGGGAACAAGAUUCCCAUCGUCUCCAUCCCGGGAGUUACUGACGUCUACCCGCCUCAGAAGAAGGCGUUCCUGAUGUUGAAAUACAUGCACGAUCACUACUUGGAUGAUUAUGAGUGGUUCGUACGCGCAGAUGAUGACGUGUACAUACGUGGAGACCGGCUUGAAAAUUUCCUGCGGAAAGUGGACUCUAGCCAACCUCUCUAUAUCGGACAAGCUGGAGUUGGUAAAGAAGACGAGUUAGGCCGCCUCGGACUGAGGCCAGAUGAGAACUACUGUAUGGGCGGGCCGGGGAUGAUCAUGAGCCGAGAGACCCUGAGGAGGGUGGUACCCAACAUCCCCUGGUGCCUGAAGAACCUGUACUCCUCACACGAGGACGUUGAGAUCGGACGGUGCAUCACGAAGUUUGCGGGAAUCACCUGUACAUCUGCGUUUGAUACCAGGGACAUCUUCUUCAACGACUACAAGAAUUACAACAAAGGGAAUAUUGGGGAGCUCCAUAAGGCCGUCAUUGACAUCGCAAUCACACUUCACCCAAACAAGCGUCCUGAGUAUCAAUACAAGCUCCAUACUUACUUUCUCACCCAACGUAUACACGAUCUGAAGCGACGCGCUCUAGACUUGAACCAGAGGGUUGAACAGAUGACAGAACUGUUAGAGCCUAAGCUACCGGCUCGAGCUUAUUCGCGUUGGGAAAAACACCUUCAGUCAAACUUCCGUCCAAGGGCGGCCCGUGAUGUGCUUCCGUGGGACGCUGUCGUUGGCAAGAUGCUGUACCAACACGCAACUACCAGGAGUGGAGGGCCCAGCAAGAAAACGCCUGCCGUUUUGAAGACAGCGAUGCACAUGAAUAUCAUUCAGGCAAUGCAUAUGGUGAAUCGUGACUACCAACGCCGUUACCGUACCGUGUGUGACUACAGUAGCAUCCACCACGGAUAUCAGCGGGUAGAUCCGAUCAGAGGGCCCGACUAUCAGCUGGAUCUACUUGUAGUUUGCCGCCGUAAGUUCAAACGUAAAGCCAGAAUGAUGCUGGGAAGAAAGCUGCUCUAUCUACAUCAGCCAUACACAGGUACCGAGCUGCUAGAGAAAGACUCAGAGGAGAACGUUUUCGACAAUGUUAUCUGGGAUAGGGCAAGAUCACGUAGGAAGGAAACAGUACACAUCAUCGUUCCUCUUCAAGGCAGGCUAUCCAUUUUCGAAAGAUUUAUGAAGAACUAUGAGUCGGUCUGUUUGGAAACCGAGUCGAAUGUGGACCUCUUGAUAGUUUUGUUUAAAAACACGGAAGCAGAAACUAGCAGGGUUCUAGACGCUUUGGAUGAAUACCAAGAAAAAUACCCCACUUCCACCAUCAAGAUUAUUCUCAUGACAGGACCGUUUUCUCGAGGAAUAGGUCUAAACGCUGGAGCCGCACACUUCAGAAACGGUUCUUUGCUCUUCUUUUGUGACGUAGACUUGAUCUUUACCAAAGGUUUCUUAGAUCGUUGCCGUAGCAACACAGUGCUUGGUCACCAGGUGUACUUUCCCGUGAUGUUCAGCCAGUAUGACUCCAAAUUUGCUGACUUAGGAGACCCUGCCAGUGAAAACCAAUCAAACCGCAGAGGAGGCCCGACUGCAAAAGGAUACCACCUUCUCUCAAAGGACACCGGCUACUGGCGCUUCAGCAGUUACGGAAUGGCGUGUCUCUACCGGGAGGACUUUGUCAACGUUGGCCAGUUUGACAUCAACAUCCGGGGAUGGGGAAUGGAGGACCUCAGUCUAUUUGACAAGUUCGUCAAAAGUAAGAUGGAGACUUUCCGUGCGGUCGACCCAGGUCUGGUGCAUGUUUACCAUCCCAUCCACUGUGACCCAAACCUUCCGACCAUACAAUACAACAUGUGUAUUGGGUCCAAAGCUAACACCUAUGGUAGCGCUGCCAAGCUGGCAGGAUUUUGGCAGGAUCGAGCAGAUGUAAUGUAAUUUGGCAGAGGAUUACAUAACUGUAACAUAUUCAUACAGAUGUGUAUUAGACUAUCAAUGUAUUCAGAGCAACAGGUGUUGUUGAAUUGAAAUUAGUAUACAAAAAGUGGAAGCCGCUUAAUUGCACACCCAAUUUGCCAGCGAAUCCCGUGCAAUUAUCCGGCGUGUGUGAUAAUGCGAAGUUACUCAGUUGGACCGCACCGCCACGGGAUUUGGAGAUUCCGUACAAUUGACCGAAGUGUGCGUUUAUCCGACGUGCAUUUAACUGGCUUCCACUGUACUGUUACUCAGUACUGAUUAUUGGAGCCCUUAAUCUACAAUUUGAGAGUGGAAUGUUCUCCACCUGUUCGACUGUGUUCGCUUUUGGGUCCCUGUGACGCAAUUGCAUUCCAAACUUUGCAUAAGUAAACGAUUUCUCCGCCUUCGUCAGCGGUAUUUCCAUUUGACUUGAGUAUUGAGAUGACACAAUGUAUCUUAAAUCAAUCCUCAAAUACAGUAAUAGAGGAUCCAGAGAUCAACGGAUAUAGCCUGCCGAAAACGUUUUGUUGUACGUAUGUACCUGCGUAUAUAACAAAUAUGAUCUGGUGUCAUCAUAUCUCACCACAUAAAAGGUGUGAUAUAUUUGAUGUUCGGCACUCCCCAGAAUAAAAUGGUUCGUCCCAGGUACUGGGUUAUUAAUUUUCUUAAAACGUCAUCAGCCAUUGAGCGACAAGGUAUUAAAUAAGCUGCUGCUGAAUACGUGAAGCGUGAUGAGCCGUAUCUUCUCAAGUUCCUUGUUUGUGAAGCUGACUCUGAGAAGGAGACGCCUGUAAAGAAAUCGUACCGUGAGUACAAUGUAUCUUGAUUAUUGAUUUUUAUCUAAGAUAGGGUUUCUCGUGUCAUUCUAAGAUUGGAACCAUUGCUUGAAAUCUUGUUUUUGAAGUUGCAUUGAGACUAAUCAAUAUAUUUUUUUGUGUUAAGUAACACAUAGUCAUAUAUUUCA